GGUCAUUUUCACUCCGGCAGUCGACGACUUCGGACGCUCGCUCCGUUCGCCAUGGCCAGGACCAAGCAAACCGCCCGUAAGAGCACCGGUGGGAAGGCUCCACGUAAGCAGCUUGCUACCAAGGCUGCUCGCAAGAGUGCACCUGCCACAGGAGGGGUUAAGAAACCGCAUCGCUACAGGCCUGGGACCGUGGCCCUUCGUGAAAUUCGCCGCUACCAGAAGUCGACCGAACUUCUCAUCCGCAAGCUGCCGUUCCAGCGCUUGGUGAGGGAAAUCGCUCAGGAUUUCAAGACCGACCUCCGAUUCCAGAGUUCGGCUGUGAUGGCCCUUCAGGAGGCCAGCGAGGCCUACCUGGUCGGUCUCUUCGAGGACACCAACCUGUGCGCCAUCCACGCCAAGCGCGUUACCAUCAUGCCGAAGGACAUCCAGCUGGCCCGGCGCAUCCGUGGCGAGCGCGCCUAAGUUCGGCCGCUGUCUGCGCCGCAGCCUCGGUCGGUCAGGCAAGCAACACAAAACGGUCCUUCUCAGGACCACCUACAUGUUUGCUUCGGCCACGGGAGCACGCGAGACCACGUACUCCAACCGUACC